AGCUGUAGAAGAAGAGCGAGUCGUGGUAGAGGAGCGUGCAGAAGUUAGACAGGUGAUGGUUUUGAUAAAGUCUUUUGAUAAAUUAAUAAACCGAUGAAAUGACCACGUAGAGACACGGCGGAGGGAUUUGCUUCCCAUUCAGAGAUGUACUGCGGUUUGCUUUGACCGUGUCACUGAGGUCAGAGCGCUCAGUGCCCCCAAGCAGAAACUCUUGCUCGAUUUUUUUUUUAAUUUUCUGCUGUGUGAGUUUAUAAUGUGUGAAUUGAAGCAGCCGAUUUGUCUGUGAGCAGCUCAGGUUUGUAUCGUUUGGAUUAUGUUCAGAGAAAUGUCCCAGGAUCUCUGCUGAACUGAGGAAAUCUAAAAACUGUGAUAUUCUAAGGCAGCCUCUGAAUUCUCGGUUCAGGUCCUGUGAACAUGAACAUGCAUGUACAUGUGCUGUGACACUUAAGAUAAUGUGCUACUGGUUUCAGAUAACCAGAGGAUCUUUGCUCCUGACAGAAACCAUCCACUGUUCCCAGAUGCGGGGCGGCCAGCCGUUGGUGGAGGUGGUCCGCCUGGGCCUGGUCUCCUACCAGGAGGCUCUGCGACUGCAGCAGGUCUACGUGAACCGGCACCGGUCCAGCCCUGCUCACGCUCUGCUGCUGUGUGAGCACCCACCGGUCUACACCACCGGGAUCCGCCACAAACCCUACCCCGAGCCCCUGCUGGACCGACUGCGCCUGCUGGGGGCCAAUGUGCACCGGGCAAACCGGGGAGGACUCAUCACCUUCCACGGGCCGGGACAACUGGUCUGCUACCCAGUCCUGAACCUGUGCAGCUUCAAGAAGAGCGUGCGGUGGUACGUCGAUCAGCUGGAGCAGACCGUCAUCGCACUGUGCAGCAGGUUCGCCAUCCAAGCUACGACGUCCCCUCACACGGGAGUUUGGGUCGGAGACAAUAAGAUCUGCGCCAUCGGAAUACACUGUGGCCGCUACAUCACGUCUCACGGUCUGGCGCUGAACUGCUGCACUGACCUGUCGUGGUUUGACCACAUCGUUCCGUGUGGGAUCGAAGGGAAAGGCGUGACGUCGCUGAGCGCCGAGCUGCGGAGACACGCCAGCGUGGAGGAGGUCGUUCCUCACCUACUGCACGCCUUCACGCAGCAGUUCAACUGUCAGCUGACCGAGGCCGCGUAGGACAGCGGUGAGUCACCGACGCCUGUGACAUCAGCAGGAACCUCAGCACUCACUAACCUGAGGGAUAACUGAGCACAAACUUUCUGAUAAUGAUUGAUCUGCAUGUGCUGAGGAGUUUUGGGCUUCAUCAUCAUCAGUGCCUGACCUGUAACUGACAGAGAGCAUGUAGGCGGAGCUUCUCAGAGCUCUAUUCUGGUCUUGGUGUUGAUAUUUUCAAUAUUAGGCUCACAGGGUGAAAGGGUAACACCCUGAAAACUCACUGCAGUGCCCUCAGUUUACACUGCAAUAAAAAACUGAGUGAAUGGAAAGGAAUGAAAAGUUUUCAUUUAUUAAAUUUUCCUUCCAGUGAAUCGCAGAGCCCCUCUCCACUGAAACAAAGGUCUCAGACAUCACUUUGAACUGGCCCUGUUAAUGCAGCCCACACCUGUCCAGGUGUGCUGCUCUGGUCUGGAUCAAAGCUCGGUUUGACUUCUUUUGGUCACAUGAUCUAACAGCUGUUUUUGUAAUGCUGAAUGAAGGAGGUCUGUUCACAUUCAUCUGUGUUUAUUUAAUGAGUUCACACCUCAUUUGCAUAUUCACACCUGAAUACAGGUCUCACUGAUGGCCAAGGUGAGUAUUUAUAACAGGACAGGUCAGCUUUGCACGAUUUACAGUUCAGAAUAAUCCUUAAUCUGACAGUGGACGUCGGUUCAGCUUCUCUGUCUGAAACAAGCUGUUUUAUCUCAUCCCCCUUUAAGAAACGCUUCUUCUGAUUGGCUGCUCCUCACAGAGGUUUAACCUCUAUGUCUGUGAGAGUACAAAAUCUGUGACAAACGUUUAGAGCAGCCAGAGCUUCACUGCACAUUAUUAGAUCCAGAAUUGAAUUCAAAAUCCUGCUCCUCACAUGCAAGGUCUUAAAUAAUCAGGCUCCAUCUUAUCUUAAUGACCUUGUAGUACCAUAUCACCCUAUUAGAGCACUUCGCUCUCACACUGCAGGCCUACUUGUUGUUCCUAGAGUAUUUAAAAGUAGAAUGGGAGGCAGAGCCUUCAGUUUUCAGGCCCCUCUUCAGGCAAUUUUCUUUGCUAAGCAUAGACUAUAUGAAUCUUGGAACAAACCUGGCCAUCUCUUAGCAAAAUUGGCAAAAGGCAGAACAGAUGCAAAUGUUAUAUCAUCACUGUUUGAUAAUAAACACGUUAAGCACUAUAAAACAACGGAUAUCAACCGAAUUAUGAAGCAGUUCUAUAUAAACUUGUACUCAUCAGAGUGUAGUAAUACAGAUGGGGAAUUGUGGGAAUUUCUAGAUAAGGUGCCUGUUGUAUCAUUAUCAGAAAAUCACAGGGAAAGUUUAAAUAACCCUGUGACAGAGGAGGAAGUGCGACUUGCUAUUAACUCUCUUAAAGGAGGAAAAGCAUCAGGGCCCGAUGGUUUCUGCCCAGGAUUUUAUAAAAAACUAAGUCACCUUCUUGCAGGACCAUUGACUGAUAUGUUUUUAGACUCUUUUAAGAACGGAUAUUUGCCCCCAACACUUAGACAGGCUAAUAUUUAGUUAAUUCUAAACAAAAAUAAAUCACCAGAUAGGUGUGAAUCAUACAGGCCGAUCAGCCUCAUCAUUGUCGAUGCUAAAUUACUCUCCAAGCUAUUAGUAAGGAGGCUUGAGGGCAUUCUCCCACUGCUUAUAAACCCUGAUCAAACAGGCUUUAUCCAAAAUCAUUUCUCAUCUACAAAUAUUAGACGACUAUUAAAUAUUAUACAGUACUCGAAUCAGACAAAUUAUAAAACCUAUGUUAUAUCCUUAGAUGCCGAAAAGGCAUUUGACAGAAUCGAGUGGACAUAUUUAUUUAAUAUAUUAGAAAGAUUUGGCUUAGGCGAGGGUUUUAUUGAAUGGAUUAGAACUAUUUGCAAACUUCCAGAAGCUUGUGUCAUAACUAAUGGUGUACAAUCAUCAGCAUUUCCACUGCAAAGAUUAUAUAUGAGUUCAGCUCAUUCUCUGGUUACAGAAUUAAUUUUGGGAAAUCAGAGGUUUUUGCCGCUGGGUGACCAGAUUAACCAGAUAUUUCUAAUCCCUUUCAAUGGUCCCCCAGUGGCUUUACAUACCUUGGGCUAAACAUUCUACCAGUUCUUAAAGACUUAUGGUACUGACCUUAUCACCAGUUACAAUAAAAAUUUAAAAAGAUUUAGAUAGAUGGCAAAAAUUGGCACUUUCUCUUAUGGGGCGUGUGAGCUUAAUUAAAAUGAAUAUUCUCCUGCGUUUAUUAUAUCCCCUACAAAUGCUGCCUCUAUGGAUAACCCAGAAAGUUUCUUGUGAUAUAGAAAAAGUCUUUUCAAAAUUUAUCUGGCGUGGCAAGAAACCUAGAUUAGGAAUUAGAACUUUACAAAUGCCUACAGAUAGGGGAGGCUUAGGGUUUUUAUAUUUGGGCACGUCAUAGCCAUUUUUUAUGGGAGUGUCUAAAUUCUCAUUCCCACCUAGACUCUUGGUCUACUUCACCUUCUUCCCUUUGGAGCUUUGUUGUCUGUGACAAAAAACAAUUACAAAUGGAAAUUAAGAAUAACCCAAUUAUUUAUAAUACAAUAAGGGUUUGGAGGGAAAUGCGUAAAAGGUUGGGUAGAGAAGACUGCACUUCAUUCUUGACUCCUUUACUGAGAAACAAAGACUUUGUUCCAGGAAUGUCUCGCAGUAUGUUCGAUACAUGGCAUAAAAAUGGAUUAAGGGUAAUUGGCGACUUGUUUCAAAACAACACACUGAUGAACUUUGAGCAAUUGCAGUGAAAUUUUAAUAUUCCUAGAGACCAUUUUUUGGCUUUGUCCAGGUUCGUAAUCUUGUUCAUUCCAAAAUUCCACAGUCUUCAGAAAUUGUUUUAUAUGAUGAUAUGGAGACAUUUCUUAUUAAGCGAAAAGACAGAACUCAUUUUAUCUCUGCCUUUUGUUUUUAGCAGCAACA